AACAGCCUCAACACGAAUUACCUACCGUUUGUUCUUCAGCGGCGAUCGACUGUGGUUGCCAGCGCCCCAGCGCCAGGAUCUGCCUCUAGGAUCCCGGAAUCGCCCACCACGACAGGCAGCAGCAACAUCAUUAACAUAAUCUACAGUCAAUCCAACCAUCCAAACAGCAGCCCCACCAGCGGCAGUGCAGAGAAAUUCAGCUGGCAGCAAUCCUGGCCAAGCAGGACCUCCGCGGCCCCUACACACGAUUCCGGAACCAUGUCAAUAAACACAACUUACGACCUCAGCUCGCCCAGCGUUACAUCGGGUCAUGCGCUUACGGAACAGAAUCAGGUCGUAAAGGAGGGGUGGCUGAUGAAGAGGGGCGAGCACAUAAAGAAUUGGCGCCAGCGCUACUUCGUGCUCCACUCAGAUGGAAGACUGAUGGGCUACCGCAGCAAGCCGGCAGAUAGUGCCAGCACGCCAUCGGACUUCCUGCUCAACAACUUUACGGUGCGCGGCUGCCAGAUCAUGACCGUCGAUCGGCCCAAGCCAUUCACCUUCAUCAUCCGCGGCCUGCAAUGGACAACGGUAAUCGAGAGGACAUUCGCCGUCGAAUCGGAAUUGGAACGCCAGCAGUGGACGGAGGCCAUUCGUAACGUAUCCAGCCGGCUCAUUGAUGUGGGUGAGGUGGCUAUGACGCCAUCGGAACAGACAGACAUGACAGACGUGGACAUGGCCACCAUUGCCGAGGACGAGCUUUCCGAGCAGUUCUCCGUACAGGGAACGACUUGUAAUAGCAGCGGCGUUAAGAAAGUGACUUUGGAGAAUUUUGAGUUCCUCAAGGUGCUCGGCAAGGGCACCUUUGGUAAGGUUAUUCUGUGUCGCGAGAAGGCAACCGCCAAGCUGUACGCGAUCAAAAUUCUUAAAAAGGAGGUUAUUAUCCAAAAGGACGAGGUGGCCCACACCCUGACCGAGAGUCGUGUGCUCAAGUCCACAAAUCAUCCGUUCCUCAUUUCACUCAAAUAUUCGUUUCAAACCAACGACCGCCUGUGUUUUGUGAUGCAGUAUGUGAACGGUGGCGAGCUCUUUUGGCAUUUAAGCCACGAACGCAUAUUUACUGAGGAUCGAACCCGUUUCUAUGGGGCAGAGAUUAUUUCUGCUCUGGGCUAUCUGCAUUCACAGGGCAUCAUUUAUCGCGACUUGAAGCUGGAAAAUCUUUUGCUGGACAAAGAUGGUCACAUCAAGGUCGCAGACUUCGGUCUGUGCAAGGAGGACAUCACCUACGGCCGCACAACGAAAACCUUCUGCGGUACACCGGAAUACCUAGCUCCGGAAGUAUUAGAUGAUAAUGAUUAUGGCCAAGCGGUGGACUGGUGGGGCACUGGCGUGGUCAUGUACGAGAUGAUCUGUGGUCGUCUUCCGUUUUACAAUCGUGAUCAUGAUGUGCUUUUUACAUUGAUUUUGGUGGAGGAGGUAAAAUUCCCGCGUAAUAUCACAGAUGAGGCGAAAAAUCUGCUAGCAGGCCUUCUAGCUAAGGAUCCCAAGAAGCGUUUGGGAGGUGGCAAGGAUGAUGUAAAGGAGAUACAAGCACAUCCAUUCUUUGCGAGUAUUAACUGGACAGAUCUAGUGCAGAAAAAAAUACCGCCGCCUUUCAAGCCUCAGGUCACAUCCGAUACGGAUACAAGGUACUUCGACAAGGAGUUUACGGGAGAGAGUGUGGAGUUGACGCCGCCGGAUCCCACUGGGCCUCUGGGCUCCAUAGCCGAAGAACCGCUUUUCCCGCAGUUCAGCUACCAAGGAGACAUGGCCUCCACGUUGGGCACCUCGUCGCACAUUAGUACUUCCACAAGUCUCGCAUCGAUGCAAUAGAACAAGUUUACAAACUUUUACCAGCACACAUCAUGUUCUGCUUCAUCACCUAUUACUAUACUAUACCUAUAACACAUAGAAAUGGGCAAAAGAAAACAACAGCAAGAAUAUAUUAAAUAUUAAUUAUACCAUGAUAACGAAGGCAAGCAAAGGGUUUUCUUGCUAGUUUAUAUACACCAAUAAUAAGAGAAUUGAAUUGAUAGUAACUUAUUUUUGUAUAACGAGAAAGGGAACGUUGAACGAAAGGGCAACAGCCGAAGACGAGGAAAAUAAUUUACUACAUAUGAUUAUACACGUAUAUAUAAAUAUAUAUAUAUAUAUAUACAUAAUUAUAUAUACAACUAAAUAUAACACUUGGGGCAUAGCGCUUGAAGUGAUUAGUUAAUUUUAAACGCAAGGAAAACAUUUAACCAAGCGACUUAGAGCGGUGCGUUCUAGUGCUAGGAUAAAGGCAUGCAUCAUGGGAUCGCAUCCUCUAGGGGUCGCUAAAGCUGAUUGAUUAUACAGAUUAUUCACGCAGACAGCACUCACACAGCCACUUAGCAUAUAGCGAACAUGAAGUUUAGUUAACUUGACAGCAACAAAUCGAAAUACACAUAUUCAACACCGCCCCCACAUGCAACACUCGUAUAUAUAAAUUAUUUAUACUCCAAAGAAGCAAAAAAGAAACAGAAACAAUUACAAGUUAUAUAUAAUGUUAAAAUUGCCUCUAAUGUGCUGUGCUUUAUGCAAAACUACAACAACAGAAACAAACAAACUAAUAGUUAAUAAACGAGGGAAACAUACAUCAAUGCAGUUUAUAGGCGCCAAUAAUUAGCAAACAACUAAAAGUUAUAUUCAGGCAGAAACAUAUUUCGAAACAAUAACGGCAACAGCAAAAUGAUUACAAUUGACGCCAUUUUUUAUUAUAAUUUUUUACGAAAAAUAUAUAUUUGUAAAUAUUUAUAAAAAAGCAAAAACUUUCAAAUGAGUAAAUGCAACAAAAAAAAACAAAGGAUGUAUGUGUCGGGUGGAAAAUGGAAGUCACCAUUUGAGGCCACAGAAAAGGUUUAACCUUUGACACAAUAAAAAA